AUGGACGACGAGUCGCUCUCCCAGCUGCCACCGUCCCUGGCCGGAGACUCCGCGGCUCUGAGCCCCAACUCCUCCGAGGAGGAGCCGGGCUGGUGGGCGUCCUCUGACGGCGGGGAGACGGUGCACCUGGCCGUGCGCUGCGUCAUGACCUCGGUGUACAUCGUGAUUAUCACCGUGGGGCUGCUGGGAAACAUCACGCUGGUCAAGAUCUUCAUCACCAACAGCGCCAUGCGCAGCGUGCCCAACAUCUUCAUCUCCAGCCUGGCGGCGGGAGACCUGCUGCUACUCGUCACUUGCGUGCCCGUGGACGCCUUUCGCUACUUCUCCGAGGAGUGGGUGUUCGGCGAGGCGGCGUGCAAGCUCAUCCCCGUCAUCCAGCUCACCUCGGUCGGCGUGUCCGUGUUCACGCUCACGGCGCUCAGCGCGGACAGGUACAAGGCUAUCGUGAACCCAAUGGACAUCCAGACGUCCAGCGCUGUCUUCUGGACGUGUCUGAAGGCUGUCUCCAUCUGGCUGCUGUCCGUCCUGCUGGCUGUCCCCGAGGCCAUUUUCUCUCAGGUCGUCUCCAUGCAGGGUCACAGGGACAUCACUAACGUCACCUUCGUGAACUGCGUACCGUACCCGCUGUCCAAUCAGAUGCAUCCAAAGAUCCACUCUGUGAUGAUCUUCCUGGUGUACUUCCUGAUCCCUCUGACCAUCAUCUCCGUGUAUUAUUACCACAUCGCCCGCACGCUCAUCAGGAGCGCCCAUGACAUGCCGGGGGAAGUCAGCGAGCACACCAAGAGACAGAUGGAGACGAGAAAGCGUCUGGCAAAGAUCGUGUUGGUGUUCGUGGGGCUCUUCGCUCUGUGCUGGUUCCCAAACCACGUGCUCUACAUGUACCGCUCCUUCCACUACCACCAGAUGGACCUGUCGCUGGCUCACCUCGUCAUCACCCUGCUGGCCCGAGUCCUCAGCUUCUCUUCAUCCUGCGUUAACCCCUUCGCCCUCUACCUGCUGAGCGAGAGCUUCCGCAGACACUUCAACAGUCAGCUGCGAUGUGGCAGAGGUCCCCGCCCGGAGCGCCAGGCCAGCUACCUGCACAGCACCUCCCACAUCCGCCUCACCUCCAUUAAGAAGACCACGCCCACCGCCGCCGUCAUCGCUCCGGCAGCCAACGGCAGCUCCAACAGACAGGAAGUGGCUCUGUGA